AUGGAUCUCGACAGAGAUUACGAAACUCGUGAUCGCCGGGAUGAUCGUGACGACGAGCGCGACUACCGCGACGAGCGCGACCAUGAUGACGACAGGGAUCAUGGGCGUGACCGUGACCGUAGUCGGAGUCGUGAGCGCGAACGCCGCGACAGUCACCGCGACCGCGACAGGGACGACGACGUGGAGCGCGACGACCGUCGCCGUGAACGCCGCCGCUCACGCUCUCGGUCCCGCUCACCCCGACGCCGCUCGCGUUCCGGCUCUCGCUCUCAUGACCGCGAACGCGACCACGACCGUGAUCGCGAUCGCAAGCGCUCACGCCGCGAGUCCCACUCUAACCGCGAUGACGACCUCUACCGGCCCACCGAGUCGCGCUCUCGCUCGCGGGAGCGCGAUCGUGACCGUCCGCGAGAGCGGCGGAGGGGAGAGCGCGGCGGCGAGCGCAACCGUGAUCGUCCUCCGCGUCGGUGGGGAUCGACAUCUGGACCGCAACCUGUGCUCCGCAGCGAGGGUGGGCCGAUGAACGCCCCGGUUGGUGUUGCUGAGGCGCACACCCGAGUCAGCCGACGCGAGAACCGGUUAUACGUCGGCAACCUCAAGUACGAAGUCACUUUCAAGGACCUCGAGCGGUUUAUGGGCCAAGCUGGCGGCGAAGUCGUGUUCUCUGAGAUCCUCGUCACGCCGCAGGGCAACUCGAAGGGUUGCGGCGUUGUCGAGUUUGCUACACGCGAUCAGGCGCGUGUUGCCAUUGACGAGAUUGGCGAGAAGAUGUUCAUGGGCCGUCCUGUGUUCUUACGCCCGGACCGUGAGCCGAACGCACGGUUCGGAGCGGCUCCGAUCCCCGGACGCAUCGGCAUGGCUCUCGGCGAAGCGGCGUCCUUUGGUGGCCAACCAACUAAUCGUAACGUGUUCGUCAACAACAUCCCAUUCGGCGCGUCAUGGCAGGACCUCAAGGACCUGAUGCGUCAGGCUGGCGAGGUGAUCCGCGCGGAUGUGGCGAUGACGCCUGACGGGCGACCGAAGGGGAACGGUACCGUCGUCUUCGUUGACGCACAGGGAGCGGCGAACGCAAUUCGCCAGCUCCACGGGUUCGACUGGAACGGCAGCGUGAUUGAGGUGCGCGAGGACCGCUUCGCGGCGAUGCCUGGCCGCGCGCCGAUUCGCGGUGGGCCACCGAUACGGGGCGGUAUGCGUGGUAUGCCGCGGGGCGGCUUUGGGCGGGGCGGUUUCGGGGGAGGCUUCGGGGGAGGGGCAGGCUUUGGCGGCGGCGGGUUCGGACAAGGCUUCAGCGGUGGGUUCCAGCAGGGCCCGCCGGCGCAGGGCUUUGGCGGCGCCGUACCACCUCCCGCGGCUCCUGCGACGAAUGGGUCGUAUCCUACACAGGUGCAGAGGGAGGUGAUGGAGCAGCCGGCCGUCGCCGAACCCAGCCCGCAGAUCUGGGUAGGCAAUCUCAUUCGCGAGACAGCGCAUCUGGACCUCGUGGAGUUAUUCGCCACGGUCGCGCCAGUCGUUCUCGCUGAAAUUCUACUUGAGGGCGGCGAGAGCCGCGGUGAGGGCAUCGUGCAGUUCCAGAGCGCAGCCGAUGCGGCCGAGUCUAUUACGAGAUUCAACGGAUAUGCGUAUGGCGGCGUCAACCUCGACGUGCAGUACAACCCGCGCUGGCACGAGUUUGGACCUGAUGCAGCGCGCGGGGAUGAGGCGCGCGGUGCCGAGGAGUAG